GUCUGCGAUACUGUCACCCUUCGUGUACUGUGUAGUCAGCAGCAACCUCGUGGUGUUGUGGAAAUUUGUGUGUGACAUUUUCCAGGUUAUGUUCAUAACAACUAAAUACCUGAGUUGUUAAUGCUUGUUUUUGGCCUGACCGUUAAAAUCGCUACGUGUAUCUUCGUAAAAGAAACGGCGGAGUGUGUGACGUGCUGUCACGAGCAGUUUGUCUACGAAGUAAUCUCCUCAUAUACUUCGUGGCUAACGAGAAAAGGCGGACAGUGAAAUUCAAAGACUGUAGAACUGAAGCGAUGGACCAGGAGCAAACUAAGUGGAUAAAAAAAGAUGAAACUGAUGAAGUACAAACUGAGUUACACUUCAUAGGCCAAGAUUAUCCAUGCAGCAUGAAUGUAAAAGAAGAGUUGGAGGAGGGUGUGAAUAAAGAGUCCAUUGAAGAUCCAUUGGGAAUAUCGUGGUCCACUGAUUUUAUCAAGGAGGAUCCUGAAUUAAAUUUGGAAAUGAGUGUAACUGAGAAUAUUGUGGAAACCUCAACAAGAUAUGCAUCUGAUAGUACAAGAUUGACUCAGUGUACUAGUGGGAGCUGUGGCGUGCCAUGUGAAGAAACUUGUCACCAUAGACUGGUCCAGGGUGAGUUGGUGAUAGACAUGAAGUCAACACAUGAGUUUGGUACCAAUACAGAAGAUAUGACUCUUGAUAAGAACUGCUCAGUUGCCACGCGAUAUAACUGUAGUACGAGGGAAAACGAAUUACAUGUAUAUAGCUGUAAUUUCUGCCAACAGAGCUUUCCUUCAAAAUACAAAUUCAUAAAGCAUGUGUUUAUGCACAUUGAUGGCAUGCAACCACCUUUGUAUGUUUGUAGGUGGUGUGGUGAAGUAUUUCACAGUAAUGUUAGUUUGAAAAAACAUUUGAGAAUGAGUGAGAAUUAUCAUGUCUUAACUGCUGGAAACCGUGAAAAAUAUGGCUCUAGUGAAGAGCAUCAAAGCAGUAUCUUCUCAGAUAGUGAGCCAGAAGUUUCUGUCGCAGAAUACAACGAGCUGAAUUCAUACAAGGAAACAUGGAAAGCUGCUAGUGACAUGGGUAACACACACAUGACAAAUGAUACAGAGGAAACAAAUCAUUAUAGAUCUUUAUCUACAACUGUUAAUGUCAGAUCCCAGGGUGAUGUACUUACUGCAAACAGAAUCCACAAAUGUGAUAUUUGUGGCAAAUAUUUUGCUGGUGCAGGCAAUCUCAAGAAACAUGGAUUAAUUCACACUAGAAAAAAACCUCACAAAUGUACGAAUUGUGGGAAAUCUUUUCCUUUCCCAAGCCAUCUCAAGAAACAUGUGUUUCUUCACACUGGAAAGAAACCUCAUAAAUGUGAACUUUGUGGACAAUCUUUUGCCAGCAGAAGCACUCUCAAUAGACACACAUUAAUUCACACUGGAAGAAAAUCCCACAAAUGCGAGAUUUGUGGGAAAUCUUUUGCCAGGACAAGCAAUCUCAAGGCACACAAAGUAAUUCACACUGGGAAGAAACGUCAUAAAUGUGAGAUUUGUGGGAAAUCUUUUGCUUUCUCAUGCAGUCUCAAGAAACAUGUGUUUCUUCACACUGGAAAGAAACCUCAUAAAUGUGAGAUUUGUGGGAGAUCUUUUGCUUUCUCAUGUGAUCUCAAGAAACAUGUUUCUUCACACUGGAAAGAAACCUCACAAAUGUGAGAUUCGUGGGAAAUCUUCUGCUAGGGCAGGCUAUCUCAAGACACACGUUCAUUCAGACCAGGAAGAGACCUCACAAAAGUGAUGUGUGUGGCAAAUCAUUCUUGUAUCAGCUGAUCUCAAGAUACAUGCAUUAGGACACAUUGGAAGGGGACCUCACAAAUGUGAUA